AUAACAUUUACAUCUCUAUUACACGUAUAAUAAGUGGUAUAAAAACCUAAUUAUGAGCCAAACGGUCGGCGGUAUAGAUGUGGCCAAAAAGGCGGCCGCAGUUAAGGCGGUCGACAAUCACGUGAAGAAUGGAUUUACUGUCGGAAUUGGAAGCGGAACCACAAUAAUACAUGCCAUCCAACGAAUCAAACAAAACAAACUCGAUGUCCAGUGUAUUGGCAUUUGUCCCACAACACAAGACUUGAUUCUCGAAAAUGGCCUCAAAUUGACUGAUCUGUCGUCUCAUCCAGAAUUGGAUGUCUUUAUCGAUGGCUUCGAUGAGGUGGAGGUGAGCACCAAAUCAUUGAUUGUGGGCGCGUGUGGACGAGUGGCCGCCGUGAAGAUCGCGGCCAACGCUUCCAAACAGAUUGUGUUCAUCGCAGACAAUAGCAAACAAUCGCAAAGAUUAGGACAAGUUUUUCACGAAGGGAUACCCAUUGAAGUGAUUCCAGUGGCCGCUAAACGU